AUGGAAGAAAGUAAUAAAGACGAAAUAAUCGGAACUGAUGUUCUCCCAAACGAGAAGGAUGAUCCACAGCCGGAACCAUUAGAAUUGGAAACAAAAGAAGAGGUUUCUGUUAAACCUCCAGACCGUCCACCACCUAAAAUAGUUGAAGUGUUUGAUUGUAAUGCUUCAAAUGCUCUCAUGUAUCAAUAUUUCGGACAAAGAGAUUAUGUUGAAUGCAAGUCAUUGAUUGGAGAGAUUCAAUCGAAGUAUAAUGAGAAAAAUGAAGCAGCACUUCAUGUACGUGGAUUGAUUGCAAGAAAUGAAGGAGAAUUGGAAGAAGCUAUGGAAUGUUUUCAGAAGGCUUAUGAGGUUUCAGGGAAGAAUAAACGAUAUUACUACGAGAUGGGAAGGUGUAAUUUCCUUCUGGGACGUCAUCAAAUUGCUGUUGAACAACUGAAAAAAGCGAGUGAGGUGAUGAAGAAUAAUCCGAAAGUUUGGUAUUGGCUUGCCAGAGCACUUUAUCAUUUCCCCACUGAAAUGAUGAAUGGAAAACAAUUCAAUCCAGUAGAAUCUGCAAAAACGGUUCUCAUGAACCCGGAUAUUGGUCGAGAUUCAGCUUUGAUCUGUUUCUUGGGUCGACUCUGUGAAGAAUUACAAGAUACGAAAGGAGCCAUUGCAGCAUAUCAAUCUGCAUUGAAAUUAGAAUCUGACAAUACAGAUGUCAUGAUUCGACUAGGAUUACUCUUACUUCGAAAGGGAGAUGAACAAGAAGGAUUCGAGAAACUUGGAAAUUGCUUGGCUUAUGAUCCAUCAAAUAGUCAGGCGCUACUGACAAUCGGCUCGAUUAUGCAAAGCCAUUUUGAUCAUGACGUUGCAUUGAAUAAAUACAGAGUUGCGGCAGAUGUGUGUGAUUAUAAUGGAUGUCUAUGGAACAAUAUUGGGAUCGCUCUUCUGGCAAGAAACAAAGCAGCUGCAUCGCAUUCUGCAUUGAAAAAAGCUUCAUUCAUCAAUCCGUUGGAUUAUAAAAUCAGUUACAACCUGGGAGUCCUCCACGAUAUCAUGAAUCUCCAUUGUUCUGCUCUUCAUUACAUCAAACUAUGUACAGAACUGAAACCGCAAAAUGCGAAAGCAGUUGGUGCAAUGGCUGUGAUUUUAUCUCACAUGGGUGAUAACAAGAAUGCAAGACUCGCAUACAAAAGAUCUAUUGAACUACAGCCAUUCCCAUCGAUUGUCCUCAAUUAUGCUAUCUUCGAAUAUCGUAUGAAAGACUAUACUGCCGUUUCAAACGCUGUCAAAUUAUACAAAGAACUUGAAGCAGCUGGCAGUAAAUGCAGCCUUAAUAACAAACAAACGGCGAAUCUUCUGGACGCCGUGUUGAAACAAUACGAUCAGCAGCCUGCGGAACACUAA